CAAGUUUCUCGAGUCUCGACUGCCUUCGAAAUAGACGAUCCACAGCCAGAAACUGACAGUUUCAAUAACGACCUUAAACGAAAACUAUACCUUUUAUUAGAAGAUCCAUCGAGUAGCAGGGCAGCGUUUUGGACAAAUGUGAUUGUUUCUUUUUUGAUUGUUUUCAGUGCUGUCACAACCACCGUAGAAACAAUACCUUCAUUUCGGUUCACCAGAAGCAACAGAGUAUGGUUUCAAAUCGAAUCAGCUUUAGUGGCCUUGUUCACUUUAGAAUACUUAUUGAGAAUGUUUGCACAUUCUGAUUCAAUUCGAAUGCUCAAGAAAUUCUUCCUUUCACCCUUAACCUUCGUUGAUUUCAUAUCUAUUGUUCCAUUCUAUAUUGAAUUGAUUGCUCAAAGAGAUACGACCUAUGAAUUUAGAUUCACUAUUUUACGAUUAUUUCGACUAUUACGACUAUUCAAAUCAUACAAAUAUUCAAAUGCUGUCGUUAUGACUCUGGAAGUCAUGAUGAUGGCCUUCAGACGGUCAGGAGAUGCUUUAUCUGCUCUAUUUUUCUUUACAGUCACUUGUGUUGUUUUGUUUUCAACUUUACUGUACUUUGCUGAAAGAGGAGUAUGGGACGAUACUUUACAAACAUUUGUGGAUUCUGAAGGCGUACCAAGCUCAUUUGAUAGUAUUCCAGCUGCAUUUUGGUUUGUAUUAGUUACAAUCACCACUACAGGCUAUGGUGAUAUGGUCCCAACUACAUUUGUUGGUAAACUCAUCACAUUUCCAGCAAUGAUGUUCGGUGUCUUGCUUAUUGCAUUACCAUCCAUUAUUGUCGGUAGAAAUUUCACAGUUGUCUGGGAAACGAUGCGACGAAGGCAA